GUACAUUGGCUCCAACCUGGAGGAACACACAGACACGGAACCCACUCAGCCAUUCCCAAGGCUCACUCAAGCUAUAGGCAGCUCGCAGUGGCACUUGAGAACAAGCCGAGUACCGUCGUACGGGUUUUCUGUAUGCUCCAACCGUCUGACCACGUCUUGUGCUGCAGGUCGCUCCUCCCUGCAGCAGCGCUCAAGACGGGCAGACCCAAGGCGCUUACCUGAGGUUUCAUUAUCCGGACGGAAGGUCCUUCGCUUUCUUGCGAGACCAACGAGACGCUCAUGUUCCCUCAGCACCAGGGGAUUUGCUCUCACUGGCAGGGCGGCGUUGGGACGCGGGUAACUCGGGCUGCGUGGAAACAGCUGGAGUUUCGUCCCAACGGAACUGCCACAAGCCAGUAUGUCGCUUACCCACUGCAUCCUGUGGUGGCCGGUCUUUAUGUAACGUGGAGUGAUGAGGUGGACACGUGCGGAGGACAGUGUAGGUCAGAUGUCAGAAGAUGGGACACAGAAUGAAGAUGUCAAUAUCCCGGACCUCAUCUGCAGACUUAAUCUGAGUAAUUUCUAUCAGCAUAAAUUAACAACAGCAGAUGAACUCAGUAUAAGCAGGACUUCAUUUCAAAUUGAAAAGCUCCAGACACAAAAGGAGCCACUAAAAGAGGAAGACUUGGCCUUUUUGUACCUACAUAAAUUAUUAACACUGGAUUACAGAGCCAAAUACAUUACAAUAAAUAGCACAGGUGUCAGAAGUGAUAUUGAGGAAACAUUUCAUAUGACUGAAGAUUUGAAUGAUUUUCUGAAUGAACAUGAUUAUAACAAUAGUAAUAAUGACAAUGACAAUAUUCUGAUUCACCCAAUGGAUGUCCAGAUGGCAGUUUUCCACUGUGCUGACAGUUUCCUGAGGCAGAACAUGGUGACUAAACUCUCCUCCUGUCAGUACGCUCUGCCACUGCUGGUCCCCAGUCCUACAUCUACAGACAUAGAACUCCCUCUCUGGACCUUUCGGCAGAUCAAGAAGACCUGGAAGUCAGUUGGUGGUCUCAGCACAUCAUUGCCAGUCUGUCAGAUUAAAGCUCCAAUGGUGUUUUUCUGCAGGCUGGGCUCUGUUUCCACUUCCAAAUCUCAGCUGCUGAAUUCUGUGAUUAACCCAAAGCACAACACCUUCUUCCACAGAGACAGUCCAGGCAGCAGCAAGAACCAUCUUUUCAUGGAGGGGCUGGUGGAGAUUGCCUGGUACUGUCCCGCAGGGAACAAUGAUGACAUUUUCAAAGAGUGCAUUGCUUUCUGCAAUCUUCAUGGAGAUGCUGUAGAGCACAAAGAAAAAGUCGACUAUAUGACUGAACAAGCCACAGUCAAUAUUGUCCUGAUGCAAAAUUUAAAGCCUGAUGAGAAAGGCAAGGAGUUGUUAUUGAAGCUUCACUGUUCUUCAAAGCCUUUGAUCUGUGUCAUCAGUGAUCUAAAGAAAGGUCCACUUAAGAUGGGAAAUAAAAAUAGCAUAAAAAUAGGACUAAAACACAGAAACCAGGCAGAGCUACAUAAGGAACUGAUAUCAGUAAUCAGUAACUGUUUGCAGAAAUGUAAUUCAGCUCCCACUUUCAGUCUUGAGGCAAGUUCAGAACUGGCUAAAAGUUAUAGGUUCAGAGUUGAUGAAGACAGUCAGGAAUGCCAGGCAGGAAAGACUGGAGCUCUGGAGGUCAUAAAGCUGCUGAAAGGAGGAGACAUCUCCCGAAUCAAGGCCAAGUUCCUGCCAUGUCAGGGGAAACUGUGGCAGGAGUGGAGCAGGAAGAACAAAGAACAGUAUCGCUUGUAUGGAGAUGUAGAACAGACAAAGAGCAAAAUACAGGAGCACAUGAAAUCAAUACGGAAUCAACAAAGGAGGACUUCACUAGACUUAAUGAAAGCUGUUUGUAAAAAUUUUACCUUCAAGCAGAAUUCAAAGAAAAUGUACUUUGUGAAAUGGCUUGGAGUCCACCUGGACUUAUUAUUUUUAGAGAAGCUUUCAGAAGUUACUCAGCAAUAUUACAAACAGUUGUCAGACCUGCAACUUUUGAAACAAAAACGAGAAAUAACUGAUGAGUUCAGAAAAAAGGAGGAAGAGCUUGAAAGACUAUCAGAGAAGGUGGAUGCAGUGACGUUUGGUCUGGAGCACAUAGUGAGAGAAAUGGGUCAGAUUUAUGAGGCCUGGGCUGAAACUCCUGACAGAAUGACAGCAGAUGUUUCUGCUUUCCCUGCUGUGGCUGCAGAUCUCCUGAUCUCUGGACAUCCACUGGAGCUGAUGGAUGGAGAUGCUGCUCAUGUUCCUCUGACCUGGAUACAGUCUGUUCUGGACAAGGUCACUGAGAGACUGGGAGACCAGAGAGUGUUCGUGCUGUCUGUUCUGGGUCUGCAGAGCUCAGGAAAGUCCACCAUGCUGAACGCCAUGUUUGGGCUGCAGUUUGCUGUGAGUGCUGGCAGGUGCACAAGAGGAGCUUUCAUGCAGCUGAUCAGAGUGAAAGAAGAGGUUAAAGACCAGCUGAAGUUUGACUACCUACUUGUGGUCGACACAGAGGGGCUUCAGUCUUUACAGCUGGUGGGCAAACAGUCAGGACUCACUCAUGACAACGAACUGGCCACUUUCGUCACUGGUCUUGCAGAUCUGACCCUCAUAAAUAUCAAGGGGGAAAAUCCAGCAGAAAUGAAAAACAUCAUUCAAAUCGUAGUUCAGGCAUUUCUAAGAAUGAAGAAAGUAAAACUGACUCCCAGCUGCAUGUUUGUUCACCAGAACGUUGCAGAUAUCAGUGCUGGAGAGAAGAACAUGGAGGGAAGAAGACAACUGCACAAACUACUGGAUGAAAUGACUCAUUUGGCUGCAACUCAAGAAGUGUGCAAUGCUGAGUUUUUUACUGAUGUGAUCAAAUUCAACAUACAGACAGAUGUGCAUUACUUUGCACAGCUGUGGGAGGGAAACCCCCCCAUGGCUCCCCCAAACCCACGUUACAGUGAAAAUAUUGAAAAUCUCAAACAGGCCAUUCUCAAAGCUGCAGCAGGAAAGAAAUGUCUAAAACUCUCAGAGCUCAAAGUCCGUAUUAAAGACCUGUGGACUGCAGUGCUGAAUGAAAACUUUGUGUUCAGCUUCAAGAACUGCCUGGAGAUUGCAGCAUACAGGAGAUUGGAGGUCAUGUAUGGGAACUGGACCUGGGAGCUCAGGAAAGAAUUGCUGUUAAUUGAGAACAAACUGCACAACUGGGUUGAAAAUGGAAAAGUUGUAGCUAUUGAUCCAAAACUGAUUCAUGAAGAACUCAGCAGUACUUUCUGUGAUGUGAAGAACAAGACAGAAAUAUUCUUCACUGAAGAUAAAGACGCUGAGAUCCUUUCACAGUGGAAAGUAAGAACAGAGAAGAGAAUUAAAGAAAUACAUCAUAAUCUCAUUGAAGUUACUGCAAAAAAAUUGACUGAACUCAUUAAAAUGAAGGCAGCACGUAAAACACUAGAUGAUAAGAAAACCCAGUAUGAGAAUGAGCUGUUCAACAAGAGUAAAGAUUUGGCUUCUGGACUGAAAAGUGAGGUCAUGAAUGAGACGAGCCUCAGGACAGAAUUUAACUCAAUGUGGGGGAAAUGGCUUUCAGAUUUGAGGGCAGAAAUGCCUCCAAUUAUAGAUGUCAGUGUAGAGCAGGAAGUGAUGAACAUUCUGAGUUCAUAUUUUGAAAGUCACAACAUUUAUUCCAACAGAGGAAGUGCACAUUACAAAAGAAUGUAUAAAAGGAGAGAAUAUUGUGAGUAUGUAACAUUGAAGAAACAUUUGGUUGUUAUUUCAUACAUACUGGAUAUCAAAGAUAAUGAUUCAAUCAGAGAGCUGGUGCAGGAGACAGUGAGAGAAGCUGAGGAGAUCAUUAGAACUAAACCAGUGGACAAAACAGGCUACAGUGACGCUUACACACAGGAGAUUGUGAACUGUGUGAAGAAGAGAGUGGCAGAGUUUAAAGCUGAGAAAUUCACCCUGAAGAAUGAAUUCACAGUGGAUUUGUCUCUGUAUGUCUGUGACAUUGCAGUAAGAAGGUUCACUGAUCUUCACAAGGUCUUCAGAGACGCUAAUGAUCCUGUGAUUUACCUGGAAAAUAAGAAAGGAGAAUUUUUCUCCAUCUUCAAGAAGCAAUGUGAAGGAGCAACAGCCACCGCUGUGUUUGCAGACUUUGUCUGUAAUAAACUCAAGCCGUCUAUCCUGCAAUCUGUCUAUGAUAAAACUGCCAUUGAUGCAGCUGAAGAAAUGAGGACAAAUUACACAGCAUUCAAUGGAAACAGGUCAAACCUGGAGAAACACAUCCUGCAGGAUCUGGCAGAAGCUGAAAGCUUUCAGCUAUUCAUCACCUACAUCGAGGAUCCAAAGAAUUACCUUUCAGAUUUUAUAGAAGCAAAAUUUAAACAGCAAAUGCUGGAAGGGAGAAACCCCAGAAUAUUGGAAAUUCUGAAAAAUGCUGUAAAAAUGAAGCAUUCCAGUGUUUCCACAGCCAUCCAGAAGGCCACACAGGAGACUAAACAGAACAAAGAUGUGCAUAAAUGGCUGGAGAGGUUUUCACAGGAGCUUAAAGAUGACAAAUUUACUCUGAAAGACCUGAAAGGGGCUUACUACCAAGAAAUCACUGACAUAGACUUUUUACACAAAAUGACAAAUAAAGCCCUACAGUGUAUUAUUAAUGAGACGACCAGCUGCUUUGAAAACAUCUCUUCAGUCAGGAUGAAUGUGUUCAGGCAGAGACCAGAAGAUAUUCUGAUUAAACAGUUGUGUGGGUGUUGGGUUCAGUGUCCCUUCUGUGCUGCUAUUUGUACAAACACCAUAGAAGGACAUGAUGGGAAGCACAGUGUUCAUUUCCACAGACCUGAAGGAGUCACUGGGUGGAAGUGGUACAAGACAGACAAUCUGGCUGUAGACAUCUGCACCAGUUUAGUAGCUAGUAAUGCUAAAAUAGUCCUACCAGAUAAAAGGUUUGUCCCUUACAGGACAUACUGGAAAGCUGGACCAGAAUAUGCUUGUUGGAACAUCACACCUGACACUUCAGAACAGGCCUAUUGGAAAUGGUUUGUGUGUCGGUUUCAGAGAGACCUGGAGAAAUACUAUGAGAAAACUUUUAAGGGAAGAGGACAGAUUCCUGAAGCCUGGAGAAGCAUCACUCGGAAUAAUGCCAUAGAAAGUUUAAAUUAUUGAUUCUAAUGUACAAGGGGAAAUGUAUGCCAGAAACGUUUCUUUUUUUAUUUUUUUAUUAUUUUCAGUUUUAACUAAACUUAGGUAUUUUUAUGAAUUUGGCCAAUUUUUAGUCACAGAUUUGCUUGGCACCUUCUAUUUUUUUACAUUUACAAAAGUACAUUUCUGGCAUUUGGCUGACGCUCUUAUCCAGAGCGACUUAUAAUUUGAUCGUUUUAUACAUGUAGGCGAAGGUGG